AAAGCCCUUUUUCCUGUUUUAGGAAAAGUGUUAUCAUUCCAUUACCCUCAUUGGACAUAAGAGGACUUGGGGCUGGAAACAUGUGGUGUGUCCUGCAAGGCUGGAGGCGAGGAUGCCCACAUCAAGCCCUGGCACAGGGAGUCCGGACUCUGGCCAGUGUGGGCUCCAGGAGUAGGGAUGAGUACAGCUAUGUGGUGGUGGGUGCUGGCUCGGCAGGCUGUGUGCUGGCUGGACGGCUCUCAGAGGACCCAAAGGAGCGUGUGCUGCUGCUGGAGGCAGGGCCCAAGGACGUGUACGCAGGUAGCAAGCGGCUCCUGUGGAAGAUACACAUGCCCGCAGCCCUUGUGGCCAACCUGUGCGACGACAGGUACAACUGGUGCUACCACACAGAGCCACAGCCGGGCCUGGACAGCCGUGUGCUAUACUGGCCACGUGGCCGAGUCUGGGGCGGCUCCUCAUCACUCAAUGCCAUGGUCUACAUCCGUGGGCAUGCUGAGGACUACAACCGCUGGCACCGCCAAGGCGCUGUGGACUGGGACUACGCGCACUGCCUGCCCUACUUCCGCAAGGCACAGGGCCACGAGCUGGGUGCCAGCAGGUACCGUGGCGGUGAAGGCCCCCUGCGUGUGACCCGGGGCAGGAGCAACCACCCACUGCACCAGGCCUUCCUGGAGGCGGCACAGCAGGCCGGCUACCCAUUCACUGAGGACAUGAACGGCUUCCAGCAGGAAGGCUUCGGCUGGAUGGACAUGACCAUCCAUGAAGGCAAGCGCUGGAGUACGGCCUGCGCCUACCUGCACCCAGCACUGAGCCGCCCCAACCUGAAGGCGGAGGUCCAGACGCUUGUGAAUAGAGUGCUGUUUGAAGGCACCCGUGCAGUGGGUGUGGAGUAUGUCAAGAACGGCCAGAACCACAGGGCUUAUGCCAGCAAGGAGGUGAUUCUGAGUGGAGGCGCCAUCAACUCACCGCAGCUGCUCAUGCUGUCAGGCGUCGGGAACGCUGAUGACCUGAAGAAACUGAGCCUCCCUGUGGUGUGCCACCUUCCAGGAGUUGGCCAGAACCUCCAAGACCACCUGGAAAUAUAUAUUCAGCAGGCGUGUACCCGCCCCAUCACCCUCCACUCAGCACAGAAGCCCUUGCGGAAGGUCCAGAUUGGCCUGGAGUGGCUCUGGAAGUUCACAGGGGAUGGUGCCACCGCCCACCUAGAAACAGGUGGGUUCAUCCGGAGCCAGCCUGGGGUCCCCCAUCCAGACAUCCAGUUCCAUUUCCUACCAUCCCAAGUGAUUGACCAUGGGCGGGUCCCCACCCAGCAGGAGGCUUACCAGGUGCAUGUGGGGACCAUGCGGGGCACGAGUGUGGGCUGGCUCAAACUGAGAAGUGCCAACCCCCGGGACCACCCUGUGAUCCAACCCAACUACUUGUCCACAGAAACCGACAUUAAGGACUUCCGUCUGUGCGUGAAGUUGUCCAGAGAGAUUUUUGCACAGAAAGCCCUGGAUCCAUUCCGGGGGAAAGAGCUCCAGCCAGGGAGCCACGUGCAGUCAGAUAAAGAGAUAGAUGCCUUUGUGCGGGCAAAAGCAGACAGCGCUUACCACCCCUCCUGCACCUGUAAGAUGGGCCAGCCCUCCGACUCCUCGGCUGUGGUGGAUCCACAGACCAGGGUCCUCGGGGUGGAAAACCUGAGAGUCGUCGAUGCCUCCAUCAUGCCCAGCAUGGUCAGCGGCAACCUGAACGCCCCCACAGUCAUGAUUGCAGAGAAAGCAGCUGACAUUAUUAAGGGGCAGCCUGCACUCUGGGACAAGGAUGUCCCUGUCUACAAGCCCAAGACCCUGGCCACCCAGCGUUAAGGCAGUCCCUGCCUGGAGGAUGACCGGAGAAGCCCCCUGCCAAAGGACAAGUCAAGAAGGCUACCACAGCCCUUCCUCCAAAUGCUGUUUCCUGUAACCAUCUAGAACAUUAGGACCCUGGUGGUGUCCCACUCAGGGAUGGACAGUUGGAUAAUUUCUUAGGAUCUGAGACCAGUACUGGUCAGUGAAUCAAGUUUCCCCGUGUCACUUCCCUGUGGGCCCUUUGGGGGAAGGCGGUGGUCAGGCAGGGCUCCCUCCCCACCUCCAGGGGGGACAGCAGAGGGGAGGGGGUAUUCUAAGAGGACAGUGAACUCCUGCAAUGUCCCUGUCUCCUAGUCACAUGGCAUUCUCUAACCCAGGGUCUGGCUGCCUGCUGACUUCCUUCCCAGGCCUUCUUCUUAAGGUGAGCCCCUAAGAGCAAGGUGCUAUUGCAUAGGCCGGAUGCCACCAAGAAGGGGCAUAACUAACAUCAGGCUGUAAGCAUUUUGUUUUACAGAAGGGAGGGAAGCUGAGGCCAGGGGUCACACAGUUGUAGGCUGGGAUUGCAUGUAAGUCCUUGGAGUCCCUGUUCAGAGGGGAAACGUGCCUGCUGGAAGAACAGGCCUUCCUUUCCUCUUCACUUCCUGGCUUCACUCUCUGAGUGAGGUGGAACUCGUGCUGGGUCAUGUCACCCAGAGGAGCUUUCCACCUGGCUGUCAGGUGCUCUUGUUCUCAUUCAACACGAACAGCCCCAGUGCAAGGAUUUCUGGACCUGGUCCAAGGAGAGAAGAGUCUGGAGGGAAUGCCACAUUGGUUUCACUACUGUUAAGUUUCAUGAUUUAGGGUUUUAAAAGAUCUUCUUGUUACCAGGAAACACAGAAACCCAGAGUUGACCCCACACCUCCAUUCUGAAGCAGCCGCCCUCACCCUUGAGCCCAAGAGAGGACUCUUUCCUACCAGCCUUUGGAAAUGACCCAGCAGCAGGAGCACCCUCUCAGAGGCAGGGGGCGGGGGCAUCCUUAUUCUCUGGACACGCAUGGGAACAGACCAGGCUGGUGCUGAGACUGGUAUGAAAAGCAGUUAAGUGAAACCAGGCACCCUGAUCCUGUAAAAAUACAAUUGAAAGAAAAAUAAAUGAGCAAAAAGUUGAGUUUUUGAAGAAAAAACACACAAAUAGCAUUUAAAAUAGCUCUUUGAUCUUUUGACUUCUUAAAAUUCAAUAAUGUAAUCGAGUUACUUAUUUUUUAACUAAGAUGCCUUAUCCAGACUGUUCUUACAAAAGGUAAGGAAAACUAAAUGCAUUUUAGAUCAAUUUUUUUCUCAAGAUAUCCAAAUCCACCAGCUAUGGAUGGGAAGGAGAGAGCUGCCAUCUGGCAACUUAUCCUGGGCUUGGAAUAAAGGAAGGAGAGAUGAGGGAUUUCAGGAUUCACUGGGAUCAGAGUGGAAUGAGGUGGCUUGCAAAUGCCAUGGAGGCCUGACAGCCACAACUUAGGUUUCUGAAAAAACUCCUUCUAGAAGAGUGGAGAAAAGAAAACCAUCACAUAGCUCCUUCCAUUUGAAAUUUUAAGCAGCUCUUUUUUAAUCUUAUCUGUAUCUUGCUUUAUUUUCUGUUCCAGGGGAGGGUCAAGAAAAAAAAUUCUAAAUUUGCCAAAAGAUUUCUUUCUCCUGGAGAGGUUCCCCCUCUUCCUGCUAGCAGUGGUCAGACCUCUUGGGCGUGGGCUGCCUGUGGCGAUCAACAGCAGAGGAGUGAGGUACCUGCUCCACAGCUCAGGGCCAGGUGCGCCUCUCCUGGAAGGCCUGUUGAUUUGGGUCAGAAGUGAAAAGUUAUGUGUCUGUAAAGGGGGUGUGUCCAAGCCUGACUCUGAUCGCCCACCACCUUCUCUGGUGCAAACAUGACAAGUGAUACUGUGAUGUAAUCUUACCAUCUCUGGGCUCCUUGCUGGACUCAGCCUCUGAGACAAUGGCUGAUUAGGUACAGUGGCUGUAUUUUAAGAUAAGUAAAAUAAACUUGAUGAAAUGAGCCUGUCCAGUGUAUCACUUGCUUACCUCCAGGCCCCUCUUAACGCUCUCGCUAACUGAGGCUUGUUCCAUCUACGUGAUCACAUGAUUUAACCAGAGAUGCAAAUACCUCCCAAAAGACUGUGCGUGUCAUAUACCCAGAGCUGCAAAAGUCAAAGUGGACACUGGGCUGUUGGGGUUCAGACACAGAACAGAGUUCUGAUUUGACAGUUCUUCACAUGAGUCCCUGCAAGUUAGCACAGCCGCUGUUAUGAGACUGGGUAUCACACAAGUGGGCGCUCAGCACCGUAGAGCAGUGGCUCACGUCCUAAGGACAGAGCUGCUGGAAAGCUCCACUGCCGGGUGGC